AUGGGAAAAGCAGAGGCCGGAUCUCUCAAAGCGAUCUCCAACGCCAUGAAGGCGAGGGGAUUGACCAAGCUACGUUUCUAUUGCCAACUGUGCCAAAAGGCGUGUCGAGACGAAAACGGAUACCGCAGUCAUCUAGAAUCGGAAGCACACUUCAGACAGGUCGACGCCAUCGCAUCUUCGGGAGGCGCAAAGAGGGUCAUCGACGACUUCAGUACGACGUUCCAGAAGGAGUUCGUGCAGUUGCUCAGCCGGCGCUUCGGUACCAAGCGCGUCCGGGCCAACCAGGUAUACCAGGAGUACAUCGCCGACCGUCACCACACGCAUAUGAAUGCGACGCAAUGGGGCAGUCUCUCCGACUUUGUCAAGCACCUCGGCCGAGAAGGAGUGGUUCAAGCCGAGGAUACAGAGCAAGGCUGGUUCAUCACAUGGAUCGACAACUCGCCAGCGGCCUUGGCGCGUCAAGAUGCGCUGCAGAAACUGGAACGGGCCAAGAUGGACGACGAGCAAAGACAGCGCAAGCUGCUACAAGAGCAGAUCGCGAGAGCUUCCGGUGGCUCGGUAGCUGCCGCCGAUGGGUCUUCUGCUGGCGAUGCCAAUCAGACUGCAGCGGCAGCGGACAAAGCGUCGCAAGGCCUUCAGCGUACGGGCGCUGGUCCCAUUCGCAUCGGUCUCUCGCUCGGGACAUCGGCUUCGAAGACAGAGCAGAAGAGCGGCGAGGCUUCCAGCCAGAAUGGCGCACGGACUGCACCGCUCGCUUCAGGGUCCAGUGCAGCAUCGAAGCCAACUCUUGCAGGCACAUCUCAGACCGCAGCACCUUUCAAGAUGGGAUUCAAUGUGCUCAAGUCGACGUCCAAGGCGGCCAAUCCACUCAAGCAGGCUGAUCGUUCGGCUUUGGGUGACUCGAGCUCCUCGUUGCAGUCGAAGGGCAGCUCUGUAGCGAAAGGCAAACCGCCGAGCAGCAUGACCAUGGCGGAGAAGAUCAUGCACGACGAAUUGGAGCGGAAGAAGAGGAAGGCAGAGCCGUCGGCGCGGUCCUCGGGCCCGCAGAUGCAACAGGGUGUCAAGCGAAGUCGAUUUUGA